AAUACACCAUCGUCAAACCCUAUCUCUCUGUCUCUCACAUUUCUCUGUCUCACGCUAGCUCCAAAUCACUCUCUCCGUCUCUCUCUAAAAAUUCUCAAACCCUAACCCUAGAAUUUCUCUCAUGACUAUCGAACCCUUCGAGAGUCUCACUCUCCGUUCUUCCAUGGUUUCUUCGGUCUCAUCCAAACCCUAGAAAUCCACGCUUUCUUUCUCUUUCUCUCUCUUCCAAUUUUUUUUUUGAAUUUUUUUUUCCGAAAAAAAAAAUUUAGAAGGCGGUGCUAUGGAGGGCUCUGUGGAGGACAUCGGAGCCCCGGAGUCAUGGGAGAUCGCCGAUUUGGACGAGUCCAUGAGCCGCCUCUUGCUCAAGAAAGACUCCUCCAAACCGCCGCCUCAAGAGCUUUGCGAUGGCUCAGCUUCAGCUUCAGCUUCUUGCAAUUCCUCUUCUACGUCGUCGUCGAAUUCGUCGGCUUCGAAUUCGGCCGGCGGUGAUGGUUGCGGCGGCGAGAAGGUUUCUGAGGAUCUUGUCAAUCAGGUCGAUCAGUUCCUUCGCGAAGCUAUACAGAAUCCCCGUGAGCGCUUAUCAAUUUUACGGAUGGAGCAAGACGUUGAGAGGUUUAUUCGUGAUCCUACUCAACAACAACUAGAGUUCCAACAACUGCCUACAUCCUAUUUACGGUUGGCUGCACACCGUGUUGCACAGCACUACUCAUUGCAGUCAAUGGUUUUAUUGGACAAUAGUUUGCCUGAUGGGACUGGUUCGAGGAUUAUUGUUCGCAAAACUUCUGAUUGUCGGCUUCCUUUGAUUCGCCUUGCAGACAUUCCUGUAAAUUUACCAUCAGAAGACGGUGGUGUCGUUAAGGUUGCAAUCAAACAGAGGCCACAAAAACGGUCACCAAUUAUGGGCAAUGCAAAUUCAAAUUCUUUAAAGUCAGGUGGUGCCAAAAGUGUAGAGGAAAGAAAAGAGGAGUAUAAUAGGGCUCGUGCAAGGAUAUUUAACUCUAGUAUUAAUAGUGGUGGACCUAGUGGUGCUGUGGGUGGGAAACCAGAAAAUGAACCAAGAGUGCAGGAUAGUCCCCAGCAUGGCUCUUUGGCAAUUCCUAAGAUAGAAGAGAAACCUGUUUCAGUAAUUGCUGAUGUGAAUUCUGGUAGAGUUCUGAUUGAUUCUUCGACAAGUAGCAGUAGAUCAGCUAGAAGUAGGACAGAGAAGGAGCCAAUUGGUAGAAGCAAACCAAAUAAUAAUAAUAAUAAUAAUAAUAAUAAUAGAGUGGCUAUUUUCAGGGACCGUGAGAUUGAUCGCAAGGAUCCUGAUUACGACAGGAGCUAUGACAGGUAUAUGCAAAGGUUUGAUCCUGGGUUUGGGUUCAAUGGAGGACCGUAUACCAUGCAGCCUAUGUACAGCCCUGCGUUGAACUACAACACUGAAUUUCCACAACUCGGAGCUACUCAUAGGCCUCAGAUUUCUACUGAGCACCAGCCUCGGGCGCUCCCUCAACAUCUACCUGCUCCAUGGGCUGGGCCAUCAACCCCUACGGGUCCCAUUGGGUAUGGCCAUCCAGAGGCCAUGAUGACUCCUUUCAAUCCUAACCACGUUGGUGCCCGUUCCACGUCUGCCAUAUACCUGCAUUCUUCUCAGUACCCUUGUCAGCGCCCUGGAAUGCCUUUCAUCCACCCUCACGAACAAGUUCACCAACCUUUUUCACAGUCUCAUCAACAGCAACCUGAUGCAAGUUUUGGAUUAGCCCGGCCCCGAUGAGGGGCAUGGGCCAUGCCUGCACGCUGCCAGCUGGAACUCGAUCUUGAUAUGAUGAGGAGCUGCUACAGUUGCAUAUAUUAUCUCAGCUGGCAGGAGUGCAGGCAUAGAGGACCGGGUUGGACUGGAGUGGAGGUAUCAAUUUUAUGGACACCGACCUUUUGUCCAUUCCACCACCUGGGUUUUGAUGGAAGCUUUUUCAUCUUUGACGAAUGAUGAAGAAGCUCACUGGAUUAUGGCAAUUCCUACUUAUUUAGUUCUCUAAGAACCGUGUUUUGCCACCGAUGAAGAAUGAGAAAAUUUACCAGAGCUGGGAAAGUAAUUAAUCAGCUUGGAUGAAGCACCUUAAAAAAAUCCAAAACACCAUGCUAUACGGAAAUUAGCAGGUACUUGUAUUUGGCUUUGCAGAAGCUUUGGUGCGCAUCUGGCUUUUGAUUUGUGGAAGCUCUGAUCAUCACUUGCUAUGCUUUAUUACUGGAACACUUGCUGCAGAAAUAAUAAAGCAAACAGCAUUCUGUACCAUAUUAGGCUUUUGGAUCUGUAAUUGUAUCUUUAGGUUAUGAAAUUGAUUGAAUAUAUCACUUGUAUCGGCUCUUGAAUAUGAAAAUAUUUGGUAGUUGUGAUUAUCUAAAUUUUAUUUAUUUUAUGGGCAUAUCUCCAUAGCAACUAUGGGCACAUACUGAAGUUGCUUACA